UCCAUGUUACGGGGUGAGCGUUAAUGCGGUAUACAGAGGAUGGGGCGACUUGUCUUGCAGGUGGAGGUGCGGCCUGUCUCACCUGUCGGAGCCGCUCAAAGCCACCACAAAGUUUACCAACUGACAGGAGAGGCGGAACUUGGCGACAGUGAUCCCGGGAGAGGAGAUAAAAGGGCCCAGGCUUGAAAUGGCGGCCGGUGCGACGAAUUGGGCCUCAGGGGCACAUUAUCAAAAGAUCCCAGCCAAGGACUGGAGCGAGGAAGAGGAGGAAGAGGAGGAAGAGGAAGAAGAGGAAGAAGAGGAACAGGUGACCAUUUAUCUGCACACGCCUUCAGCGCGCGUCAUGCUCUCGCGUCAGAAGCGGAACUCCUGCCUACGUGUCACUGCCUCCAUGACCCUGCUCGGCGUGGGCCUUUACUUUGGGUUUCACGCCUUAUGGCUCAGCGGCCUGGAGUCUCCCGAAGCCGGCGAUGUGGAGGGGCUCCACCUUCACCACCACGAGCACGGAGUUUACCAUCAGGCCGCAGUAAUUACUGAUUCAGAGAUCUGCUCCGGCUUUGCGAAGGAAACUCUGCUUGAAGGCGGCAACGCAGUGGACGCUGGCGUGGUAGCGAUGCUCUGUUUGGGAGUGGUGCAUCCGCACAGCACCGGAAUAGGUGGAGUUCUGACCGCCAUCUUUCACAACGGGACUUCGGGAGCGACCAAGGCCCUGAACGCGCUGCCGUCGGAGAGGCUGAAGCCGGGCUUUGGAGCGCCGCUCUUGCUGCAGGGCCUGCGGCUACUGCACCACCAGCACGGGAGCCUGCCCUGGGCCCGGCUGCCGGGACGGCCGGCCAAGCUGGCGAGGGAAGGCUUCGCCGUGGACGAGAUCCUGGCGCGGGCGGUUGCCAGAGAGGCGGCGGGAGGGGCCGCUGGGCUGUGCCCGUUCCUCUGCGGCCCGGGGCCAGGGCAAGCGCCAAAGGGGGUCGGCGCCCAAGUCACCAAUGAGAAACUGGCCACGGUCUUGGAGGAGGUGGUGCGGAAGAUGGGGGGAGAUUUGUUCCCGGAGACCCUCGCCCGGGACCUGGCCCGUGACUUGAGUUUGGACCCCCAGUCGUUGGCGGAGACCCUCAGACAUCAGAGGGCAGUCCUGAGCAGCCCUUUGGUCACUGAGUUGGACGACUUCACCUUGGCCGUCCCACCAGCUCCCUCCGCAGGAGAGGUCCUGAUCCAACUGGUAGGAAGGGCCAGGCGGCUGGGUCUCUCUUGGGCCAGCCUUGCCAACGAUGUGAACACCUCCAGCACCUACCGACAUCUUCUCAACGCCGCCCAGCAAGUCUACCAGAAGCUCCUGGGUCUUCCCGGAAGUCCUCGGGAACGAGGCGGGGGCAGGCGUUCCCCGGAGACGGCUCCCGGUGGUAGUCACGUCUUGGUGGUCGAUGGCACCGGCAACAUCUUGGCAAUGGUGGGCUCCCUCAACAGCACCUUUGGGGCCAAGACCUUCUCACCUUCCACCGGCUCCUUCCUCAGUGAUUUCACGGGGAGCCGGGACUCUGGCCUUGUCUACUGGGCCUGCCCGGGAUUGCUGAGGUCCAAGGCAGGAGAGGACUACAUGGUGCUCGUCAGCUCGGGGGGAGCUGACGCCCCCUUCGUUUCUGCUCAGGCCAUCAUCAGCGUGGUUUACCUUGAGCGAUCGGCCAGCGAUGCGUUGGCCGGCCCUCGCUUGUACUUGCACGUGGGACGGCAGGGAGCCCCACACAAGGCCGUCUCGGGACUCAAAAGCGAUUCCGAAAUAUUCGCCCACCUGUCCCGGGAGGUCCCGGGCCUGGAACUGGUCAAUGGGACGGCGGAGGGUGUGACCAGCACCCUGGUCGAAUCCCACCUAGGACACAAGAGAGCUUACGCACACCCACAGACAUGUGCCUUUGUAGAUGGUUAUUGAUUACAGUACAGCAUAGGAACAGGCCCUUCGGCCCACACUGUUCAUGCCAGCCUUGAUGCCUGGUUCAUCUCCAGUGCCUGCACGUGAUCCAUAUCACUCCAUUCCGUGCCUACAGAGCAGCACAGCACAGGAACGGACCCUUCGACCCACAAUGUCCGUGCCGAACAUGAUGUGUUCAACUAAUCUCUGCCUGCACAUCAACCAAAUCCCUCCAUUCCCCGCAUAUCCACGUGCCUAUCUAACAGCCUCUUAAACGCCACUAUCAUAUCUGCCUCCACCACCACCACCCCUGACAGCAUGUUCCAGGCACCCACCACCCUCUGUGCAAAAAAAAAGCCCCAAACAUCUUCUUUAAACUUUGCCCCUCUCACCUUAAAGUUAUGCCCUCUAGUCUUAUACGUUUCCACCUGGGCAAAAAGGUUCAGACUGUACCAUAUCUAUGCUUCUCAUAAUUUUACACGCGUCUAUCAGGUCUCCCCUCCAGAUAAAAUAGACAAUAGACAAUGGGUGCAGGAGUAGGCCAUUCAGCCCUUCGAGCCAGCACCACCAUUCACUGUGAUCAUGGCUGAUCAUCCACAAUCAGUAUCCCGUUCCUGCCUUCUCACCAUAUCCCUUGAUUCCGCUAUCUUUAAGAGCUCUGUCUAAUUCUUGAAAGCAUCCAGAGAAUUGGCCUCCACUGCCUUCUGAUGCGGAGAAUUCCACGGAUUCACAACUCUCUUGGUGAAAAGGUUUUUCCUCAUCUCCGUUCUAAAUGGCCUACCCCUUAUUCUUAAACUGUGCCCCCCAGUUCUGGACUCCCCCAACGUCUGGAACAUGCUUCCUGCCUGUAGCGUAUCCAAUCCCUUAAUAAUCAUACAUGUUUCGAUAAGAUGCCCUCUCAUCCUUCUAAAUUCCAGUGUAUACAAGCCCAGUCCCGCCAUCCCGGGAAUUAACCUCAUGAGCCGACGCUACACGAAAAAUCGCACCUCUGGAGAAAAAGACCUAUAAAGUUUGCAUUUGGAGUAUUGCACGCAGUUCUAUAAAGCAACAAACAUU